CAAUGUUUGCUUCCUGUCUACAGCGGAAAAGGAAAUCACGUCAUCACACAAACAAAAUGGAGAGUUGGCUUGGUGGCUAACCUAACGUUGAACAACUUUGUCACGAUUUAAGUAGAUUUUUCCGGCCUGUGUUCGUGUAUUUGUUUUUCGUUUGAAGUUGCGUCCGGUGCGAUACCUACUACAAUGGCUCCGUUAAGCUUGGUGGCAGCUGGUGUCAACGUUUUGACUAAAUCCUUUAGUCUGUUCUCAAGUGCAUCUCUUGCAAGAUGCUCAUGUGCGUUCACUGCAGCUAAACCUUUUAGCACCUCGGCAGGUGGUCCGCCAAAAAGACCACUGACUGGAUACCUGCGAUUUGCGCAAGAACAGCGACCACAAGUCCUCCGACAACAUCCAGACUUCAAAGCAAAUGAAGUUAUCAAAAAGAUUGCUGAGAGAUGGCGGUUGCUAUCGCCUGAUCAGAAACGACCCUUUGAGAAUGCAGCUCUUGUUGAACGGAACCAAUACAAGUUGACGAUGGAGCGGUACAAGGAACAACUGACACCAGCACAAUCCCUGGCCCUUGAGGAGGAGAAGAGAGAACGAAGGGCCAAAAGAAAAGCAAUCAAGAAGAAGAGGGAACUGACAACCCUGGGCAAGCCCAAACGCCCGCGACUGCCUUUCAACAUUUUCAUGUCUGAGCACUUCGAGGAGGCCAGGGGAGUUACAGUGGCAGCCAAGCUGAAAUCGCUUCAAGAGGACUGGGGGAAACUCUCCAUUAUGCAAAAGCAAGUGUACGUGCAGCUGGCCGAGGAUGACAAGGUGCGCUACAAGAACGAGAUGAAGACGUGGGAGGAGCACAUGUUGGAGAUUGGGAGGCAGGACCUGAUCCGGAUCCGAGAGAGGCCCGCCAGGAAGACCUCCAAGGCCGGCAAGAGGACCAAGUCCAAGGUCACCACCAAGUCCAAGAAGACAGCUGCCAAAAAGAAGCCAACGGCAAAGAAGAAAACAACUGCCAAAAAGACUACAAGAACCACAAAGAAGGCAUGAGCCUUGACAUACAACUGAGGAGCAGUCCUGUGGGUGUUCACUGAGCUCCGUCCCUGAAUAAAGCUUGACUGCUGUCAUAGGAGGGAUGUAAUGUGGUUGUGUUAUUACUGUAUCUGAAUAGUGUUGAAGGCAUGGCAACUACUGCAAAAUGUGAAAUAAUACCCCCUCAUUAUGGAUACAACCUUCACACUUGCUCUCAAAGCUGUGAUGGUGACUGAUUGUCUCAACACCAUUUUGUUCAUUUAUGGCUUUUAAACGGUUUGUAACAUGUUUCGCAAUGGGGGAUACCCCAAAAAUAUGCAAAGUUACAGGUGAUGGUUGGUUUGUUUUCAUUUCUGUUGCCAUGUUGUAAGUGCAAACAAAAACCAUUCUGGCUAUGGAAGCAGUUAGACACUGUAUAAAUAGUGGUCAACUGAAGCUAUGUGAUGAAGCUAUGUGUUAACACCUAUUCAGAGUUGACAGGCUAUACCUGAGCUGAUAGGCUUUGUUUUUUGAAGCCAAGGAUAGACUUUAAGUGCCCAUUUGAGUUCUUCAUUUGUCAUCAGUUAUUCUUGUGUGUGUGUGUCGUGCAUUGCAGAAAGUAGAACCAUGUGUUUUUGCAUUCUACAUCUUUACUCAAUAAACAUGUAUUUUGUAACCAA